GGGCCCGGGAUAAAUACUGCGGCCCCGGCGUCCAAGCCAGACUCCCUGGAAGGAGCAGCGGACACCGAAGCGCCCUACCUCGUUCUUUGCCCCUUGCUCUCUCCAGUCUUCCGAAAGCCCAUCAGGACCCUGAUCCCAUCCCGCGACACACCGCGUCCUCCUCUUUCCACUUCCCCUUCCAUUCCAAGUCCAGCCGGACGCUGUGCAUCCCCUAGCGCCCUAGCACCCUCCCGGCGUCCCCAGCCCGAGAAGUCUCUGAGCGUCGCACGCUUCGCAGGCUGCCGGGCAAUUCCAGGUGCUUCCCGUCCAGUCUAGUCCCGUCUGGUCCUCCCGACCGCCGCUCACGGGCAAGAUGCCAUUCCUUGGGCAGGACUGGCGGUCCCCGGGCCAGAACUGGGUGAAGACCGCGGAUGGCUGGAAGCGGUUCCUGGAUGAGAAAAGUAGUGGCUUCGUGAGCGACAUCAACAGUUACUGCCCCAAAGACGUGCACAACAAGGAGAAUCUUUUCAACAGUCUGAGCUAUGAUAUUGCAGCCAAGAAAAGAAAGAAGGACCUGAUGAACAGCAAAACCAAAAUUCAGUAUUUCCACCAGGAAAAAUGGAUCUACGUCCACAAAGGAAGCACUAAAGAACGCCAUGGAUACUGUACCUUGGGCGAAGCUUUCAACCGGCUCGACUUCUCAACUGCUAUUCUGGAUUCUAGAAGGUUCAACUAUGUUGUACGGCUGUUGGAACUGAUAGCAAAAUCACAGCUCACUUCCCUGAGUGGCAUCGCCCAAAAGAACUUCAUGAACAUUUUGGAAAAAGUUGUGCUAAAAGUCCUUGAAGACCAACAAAAUAUCAGACUGAUUAGAGAGUUGUUGCAGACUCUCUACACAUCCUUGUGUACUCUGGUCCAGAGGGUAGGCAAGUCUGUUCUGGUUGGGAACAUUAACAUGUGGGUGUACCGAAUGGAGACCAUUCUACACUGGCAGCAGCAGCUGAACAACAUCCAAAUCACCAGGCCUGCCUUCAAAGGCCUCACCUUCACAGACCUGCCUUUGUGUUUACAACUGAAUAUAAUGCAGAGGCUAACAGAUGGAAGGGACCUGGUCAGCCUGGGCCAGGUGGCUCCCGAUCUGCACCUGCUAAGCGAAGACCGCUUGCUAUGGAAGAAACUCUGCCAAUAUCAUUUCACAGAGCGACAGAUUCGCAAGCGAUUAAUUUUAUCUGAUAAAGGACAACUGGAUUGGAAGAAGAUGUAUUUUAAGCUUGUCCGAUGUUACCCAAGGAAAGAGCAAUAUGGAGACACUCUGCAACUCUGCAAACAUUGCCACAUCCUUUCUUGGAAGGGAACCGAUCAUCCAUGUACAGCCAAUAAUCCAGAGAGCUGCUCCGUCUCUCUGUCACCCCAGGACUUCAUCAACUUGUUCAAGUUCUGAGCCCUCGAGUGUGACAGCCCUUGAGAAUGUCCAAUUCUCUUGGGAUGGUUUUGGAAUACCCAGUUUGGACACUUCCAUUGUAAAUAGUGUACAUUUUUACGUUGUUUUGAAAUUCCUGAGUUGAGUAAAUGAGAGGACCGUGGAAGAGAAAGAUGAAAUUGAUGACUGGCCAUUUAGGAACAUGAACUUUCUUAAUAGAACUAGAGUGGAAGAACAGUGAGACUGUAAAUAAACUUUUUUUUAAUGAUUAGCCAGCGAGGCUAUAGGAACAUCAAUGCUAUAUUUCAGAAGUCACAUUGAAUCUGCCUUACAUGCUCUGAAACCCCUUUCUGAUUUCCAAAGAUUGGGAAAGCUGCAAAGUUGAUUUCACAAUAGAACAACCUUGACCUGUUUACAAGAUAGAAGUCUGGGAAGAAACAACAUAUCCAGAAGAAAAAAGUCAAUGUUUUGGUUUUCUGGUUCGGUUUGUGGUUCUUUGUUGUUGUUAUUGUUAUUAACUGUCAUUGUCUUAAAGCAAUGGAAAAACCCAUGUAACAGAUCUGAACAUUUCUUAAGCCUAUAUUGUAUAAAAGGCCAUAUCCUGCAACGUGAAAUACACCACACCGUUUUCUACCUCUGACAUCAUAAAAUGCUUUUUCAACACACACACACACACCAAGUUCUCAAGUGCAUGUUGUAAAUUUUCAUUGUUUCAUUUUCUUUUUCAUUUUAAAAGUGAGUAAAAGGAGAAACUAUUGACCACAAAGAUUUUCUUAUUUUGAGCUCACUUAUCUAUAGGAAUAGGGUAAUCUUCAGAGUUGCCUUUUGAAUGGGAAACCUAAAAUACUAGGUUCAAAAUGAUUUUUUUCAUGCCACUCACAAUGGAGAGAAUAAUAGGACAGAAAUCCACCUCUGCUGUAGAAACUAGAGAGUUACAGAAGAAACUGAGUCUGAAAACACUUAAGAGGGUCCAGUAAUAACCCAUGUCUAGGAAACGACUUAUUCUUGUUUGUCUUCAGGGUACAUCUUCUUCUGUCCCAAGUACCUUCAUAAAACAGCAUUGUCCAAUUGAUGAGCUGAGUCUGUUUCCGUGGCCUUCCUGAGCAUUCAGUAUAUUACCAGCUCCCUUAUUCUUAUUAUCUUUAUUACUCUUAUGAUCACUAAAUCAAGCUUCUUUUCUAUUUGUCAAACAUGAAUUUUUUGUCAACCCAGUCUAGUGAUUUCUAAGUCAGACUUCAAAGAAGUCCAUAACUUUCUCAAUCAGUAAACAUUGAUUAAGGGCCCAUAAUGUGCCCAGUUAAGUGCUGGGGCAACAAAGAAAAGCAAAGGAGCCCACAGUCUAAUGGGGAAGACAACAAGUAAACAGCUUUGUACAGACAAGAUAUAUAUAGGAUAAGUUGGGAGGAAAGGCGCUGACAUUAAGGAGGAUCAUUAGAAAAAGGACAAAGUGGAGAAAAAUAUUGUACCAUAUCAAACUCAGAGUUCACAUGAAAUGUUUCUCAGUGCUGGGUCUGGUACAGACAAAGGGAUUUUUGAAAGGCAAACAUAGAUGGGUACCCAGUGACUAAUGAGGAAUCUCAGAAAUUCGUGAGUUAAUUUUUGCACAUUAUUUGUCAAUUUGGGGACAUUUUAAUAGUCAAUUAUUGGACUUC